AUGGUGUCGGUGCUAUUGGCAGUGUAUAUUAUUACUCACUACCUCCUCCAGCUAAUCCAUAUCAUCAUCCACCACCGUCCAGAGGUGGUGGAACAUCUCAUCCACCUGCAAAUACCUAUGGAUACACCACUCAGCCACCACCUAACCCCAUCGUUCCAUAUUUUCCUUACUACUACUACAACCCAACACCAGCUUCUCCUCGUUCUGACUCCAAAUCCGUAUCCGUGUAACUCAGAACUCACCCCUCUGUUUUUAAAAAUACACCUACAAAAAACGGAAGAACGUACAGAAGUGUUGGCCUACCAGCGCAGGCUUUCUCCUUGCAAUUCCGGCGGUGUUUCACAUGCUCGAACGAUCGCACACCUCGGCGGAAUGAGGGCAAAAAUUUUCAAUGCCCGUUUGCGCCAUCCUAUACCCACCACCAGUACGGACUCUGAAGAAAAUCCCGAUUCCAAUUCGAAACCCAACCACCAAGAGAAAUACAGGCAGGACGAGGAGGAGGAAGAGGAUGGAGGCCCAACAACGAGUGGGAAUGAUGGUAAGUCGUUCUUUUCGCCAGUGGAAGGAGUGUCUUUCCUUGCAAAUUCGUUUUUAGAGCUUCAUAUUUCCAUGCCGCUGCUUCGGGCUUGUGAAGCUUUGGGCUAUAGUAAGCCCACCCCAAUCCAGGCUGCUUGUAUUCCAUUGGCCUUAACCGGUCGUAAUAUAUGUGGAAGUGCUAUUACUGGUUUUGGAAAGACUGCUGCUUUUGCCCUUCCAACCUUGGAGAGACUGUUAUAUCGUCCAAAGAAUAGGCAUGCUAUUAGGGUCCUAAUUCUUACACCAACAACGGAGUUGGCUGUUCUAGAUCAGAUGUUUGGUGGUUGGCGGUCUUUCCACAAAGGUUUGUACUGGAAUGCAGCUAAUGACUGUGAUCUUGAACCAGUUGCUUAUGAAUUUUUCACGCAAGCUUCUGUACUGUACGAGGAAGAAGUUGCGGAUUCUAAAGCCCAGGUGACUGCUAUACACCUAAUAAUCGGGACUCUGCAGAGGAUGAAUGUCUUUUGCGUCGAAAAUAGAGAUACCUUGACUCAUAAAGCUACAGGGUAUUCAGCAAAACUUUUAAAGAAGCCUGAUCAGUGCAGAGCAGUUUAUGCCUGUUCACAUCUCUUCUGGGUUGAUGAUCAGGAUGGCAUCAAAGAUGGAGAAAGGGUACUACUUUGCCUGAAGCGGUCAUUAAGGAUUGCAAAUGCUGCUCAACAGAUGAUAAACGUUACGAGGGGUAGCAGUGGACCAGUUACACUAUUCGUUGAAAUACUCGACAAGUUAGUUGAUCCGACUGUUGUGACCACAUUGAAAAACUAUAUUUAA